UGCUUUUUAAUGCUCUCUCUCUCUCUCUCUCUCUCUCUCUCUGUCAUUAUAUGUCUGAUUCUUUCUCUCCCUCUCGUUCUUUACCUUCUUUUUUCCUUCCUGUAAAUCGUGCUCCCUUUGUUCUUUCUCUUUCUCUUAGUCACUCGACUCACUCCUUGCGUCGCUGAAGUGGGUAAAGGAGAAAGACAGCAGAUAUGAAGCAGCAGAAGCGUGGUAUGGUGGAGAUGAAGAAGUGGCCCUACUUCUGAUAAUGGCUCAACAAAGCAAAGCUUACAAUGCCAACACUUCUCUUAGUAUUAGCGCCGGUGUCAGUCUUCUUAACACUACUAACACCCAACACCAUCACCACCAAGUGAAGGCAAUGUUCCAUGAUUUCCUCGGUAUGAAGCCGGCUACCACAGAUUCGCCUGUCGUUUUGGCCCCCAAGAACACUGAUGCGUCUCCUUCUGCUUCUGUAUCUGUUGGGGCUGCCUCUUCUGGUGGUGCCCGUGGUCCCUUUUCCACCACCUCUGAUCUUGCCUCAGAAAGGCAGGCUGGAAAUCAUCUUGAGGGAAUUCCGUUUUAUGGUCCAAGGAGUGAUAUCUCUGGUCCUGAGAUAAGCACCAGAUUAGCAGGAAGUAAACGAAGUAUUUCAGAUUCUGCCUUCACGGGAUAUACUAGGGGUGGGAAUCCACAAAUGGGCGGCCAUGAUUCUCUUGAGGGCCUGCAUUUGAUGAAGAUGCUCAAGAAUGGAGGUGGAGGAGAGCAGUCUAGAAGGUCCAAUGAUGAUGAAGUUUCCUAUAGUAUGCACCCAACAAGACCGACUUCUGCAUCUCUCAUACUGCAAACUUCUGCUGGCAGUAGACUUGAUGCCCAUGUUUCCAAAUGGGAGCGAGCUAUUCCAAUGGGAGCAGCCAUACAGUAUCCUCCUCGCGUGGGUCAGUUUGUCCCUUUUAUGCAGCAAGUUCCUGCAAACAAAUUCAGGGAUGUAAACGCUGGUCCAUCAAUCAUCUCCCAAUCAGCUGCUGAUGAAGGGUCUAGAACUGGAAUUAAAGGCCCUGGAAUUCUGAGUUCCAUCAAUGCUGGUAGCGCCAUAUCUGAGAAAAAUUCAUCAAGGGUGCAGCCAAGUGGCAGCAAACCUAAGUCUGGGACUCAUAUUUCAGAGCCAGAGUCUUCAGCCCCUUCAGGUCGACAGGGUUUAACAUCUGCUAGUCGUCAAAUGACUAUAUUUUAUGCUGGUCAAGCUCAUGUUUUUGAUGAUGUCCACCCCAACAAGGCAGAUGUUAUAAUGGCCUUAGCCGGAUCAAAUGGAGGAUCAUGGUCCACGGCAUACUUGCCAAAACCAACUGUGAGGCCAGGUGGUGAAAGCUCCAUGACCACCGGAGAAAAUGAAGCAGGAAUAGCCAUUAACACAGCACUGCAUGGGAGGCUAUCAGGGACUGUUAAUGCUGCUCAUGGCGUUGGCUCCAGCGAACGAAUCCCUACACCUACAGGUCAACAUGGCAGCAUUGUAAUGAGAGAAGAGAUAAGAAAACAAGGACAAGCAGGAGAACCAAGUACUGAAGAGAAAAGAGAGGUGUAAUUAAGGCCAAGAGGAAGAGAUCGUUUUGGGGUUUUGUUGUUGAUAGAGGACUUAGUUGAGCUAUCAGAUUCUUGAUCAGAUGUAGACAUGGCCAAACUUCUUUUGAUUUUAGAUUAUGCUUAAAAUUUUUCCAGUUAAAAUUUAUUUCCUCCAUUGCU